AUGAUCGGUGACAUCCUGCUGUUCGGAACACUGCUGAUGAACGCUGGGGCGGUGCUCAACUUUAAGCUGAAAAAGAAGGACAGCACGCAGGGCUUUGGGGAGGAGUCGCGGGAGCCCAGCACAGGUGAUAAUGUGCGGGAGUUCUUACUGAGCCUCAGAUACUUCCGGAUCUUCAUUGCCCUGUGGAAUGUUUUCAUGAUGUUCUGUAUGAUCGUGCGGCGGCCCCGCAUGCAAGGUUCAAGAUAUCCGCGCGCGCACAAACGGCGCGUUUCCGACGGAAGCUUCCGGCGCGCGGCGAGGGCGGGGCCGCGGCCGCGGGAGGCGGCCGUUGCUCCGCCCAACCGCCUCCCAACGGCUCCUCAGCCCGACUGCCGGGCGCGUGGCGCCGACGCUGCGUGCGGCGCGGGUUACCCAGAGUGCUCCGCGCGGGGGCAGCUCACUGGAGUUUGGUUCUCGAGGCGGCGGCUCCGGCGGCUCCUCCUCCUCCGGUGGCGGCGGCAGCCGGGCCCCAGCGACGGCCUCGGCUCCCCUCUCCGCCACCCCGCGCGCCCACUCCCGCCCCGGAGCCGCGGGAACAUGCGGCUCCGCUCCCGGAGGCCGGCGAGUGAGUGA